GAGAGAGAGAGAGAGAGAGAGCAAGAGGGAGAGAGCUGGGUGUGUGUCGGGGGUGUAAAGGUUCGACAGCUCUCCACAAACGAAGCCUUCUCCUCGGGACCUGUUACACUAUAGUUGGUGUUUAUCUUACAACUGGGAGCCGAGGGUGGAGAGAGCACCAGAGGAAAUAAGAGAGAAACAAGAGGUAAAGCCGAGGGCAGUGACAGAGAGGGGGGGUGAGAGACACUGGUUCUGUUAAUCCAACUACACGUGUGGGGGAUUUCCUGCUGGGACUGGGAGCAUCAUCUCUUCAACCUGUCCGUCUGCUCAUCAUGGCUCCUCCCUCUCUGUUGAUGUUGCUGAUGGUGGUCGCCGUGGUAACUGGGGCCAGCGCGGCCGGCCGGGAGAAUGAACUGGAUUAUGGGAACUGGAACUACAGAGAGGGAGCUGACAGUGUGAAUGUGGCCUCAGUGCGCAGUGUGACCCGCGUGUUGGAUGCCUGGGGAAAACGCAUCUUCAAUGAGGUCAAGACUUUGCUGCACUCACAGCCCAGUGCACUAUUACCAGACUACUCCAGGGUGCGCCCUCUGUCCGAGUCCGUGAACGACCUGUUCAGAGAAGUCUCCCUGCUGCACCGGCGCAUCACCGAGCUCUCUCAUCGCCUAGCAACACUGGAGCCCUUCCUCCGUCACCACGGCUACCGGGAGGCGGGGGUGGAGGGGGGCGGCCGGGCCCUGGCACCAGCACCCGAGGGCCUGAGAGGAGGGGUGGCGAGCCUGGGCCACGGCACCCAGAGGACCACGAUGAGGGGAAGCUCUCCCAGGGGGAGCCGGGUGGUGAGGAGGAGACGGGUGAGGGUCCUGAAGAACGGAGAAGUGAUGCUGAUUCAGAGCGACGGAUAGAGAAAUGGACAAAAAAUGCUCGGCCAAUAUUAUAUAAUGUACGAGACCCACCUCUGAACUAUACAGAUUUAUAUUUUUUGUGAAAUAACAUGAUAUAGAGAUUGUCCUGUGAGAUCAGGACUGAUGCAUUUGGAUUUAUAAUGUAUAUCUUCUUUAGUAAAGUUUAUAUCAGUGUUUCAUUGUUGAACCUUCAGAGUUUGAAGUCAUGACACACACAGGAACACCUUUCUACAAUCGACUCUGGGAACCGACGUCCUUAAAACAUCCUUAGAAUGUGUUUGUUUUUCAUUUUUAAGCUUGAAAUUGUAUUUUUGACCUUGAAAUAAACUGCCUGUUUGUUUUGUCA